AUGGAUCAGAACGACAUCAAGGUCUUACCAAUGAAAGAUUUGACCGUUGAUAACAUCACGGAGAACGUCAUUCGCAUCAAUAGCCAGAAUGAUGACCCUCGCCUGACGUACGUUCUUGAACGGCUUGUCAGCCAUUUACACGACUUUGCAAGGGAGACAAGGCUCAGCACAAAAGAAUGGAAAGCGGCAAUCGAUUUCUUGACCGCCGUUGGUCAAAUAUGUAGUGAUGUUCGCCAAGAGUUCAUCUUGCUAUCAGACAUUCUUGGGCUCUCUCUCCUCGUCGACAGUAUUGAUCACCCCAAACCACCCCAGUCCACUGAAGGCUCGGUCUUGGGCCCAUUUCACUCCCACGAAGCUCAGGAGACGCCCCACGGUGACAUGGUGUCUCACGAUGUGAAUGGGGAGCCAUGCCUAAUUCUUGGCUCCAUACGUGACAGUGAGGGCCAGCCGAUCGGCGACGUCAAAAUAGACAUGUGGGAGACCGAUUCUUCUGGCCAUUAUGAUGUCCAAUACGAAGACAGACAGGGGCCGGAUGGUCGUUGCGUGAUGAGAAGUGAUGCCAGCGGCAACUUCUGGUUCAAAGCUAUCAAACCCGUCUCGUAUCCAAUCCCUAAUGACGGGCCCGUGGGCAAGCUUCUCAGCAAACUACAUCGACACCCCUACAGACCGGCGCACAUGCACUUUAUGUUUGAGAAGCCGGGGUAUGACCACCUCAUCACUGCGUUAUAUCUUCGCGGUGAUCCCUACGAAACAUCUGAUGCAGUGUUCGGCGUCAAAAGCUCUUUGCUAGUAGACUUCCAGCCAGCAGAUGACUCGAUUGCAAAGCGGUGCGAUGUCAAGACUGGUAGUCUGGUCUUGAAACACGACUUUGUAUUGGUCAGCGAAGAGGAAGCAAAUUCCCUUCGAGAGGAGAAAAGUCAAAAGGCCCUAGCCGACCUGGGGAGGAUGGUGAAAAUGGUUGACGGCCUACCAGUACCAGAUGUGGAUUGA